GUAAUGACUGCAUACGCUCUUGUUUCAAAUGUAAGCGUUGCGUCUUUACUCAACUGGGCAUUUAGCUAUUGUAAAACCAAUCUCUUUUGGUCGAAAAAAAUCUAAACCCAACAAAUGUUCACUUCACUCAACAAUUCAUUGAAUUUGUAUCUUUGAUAAUGAUUGUUAUGCUGUAAAAAUGAGCUUGGUACCUCCUUCCAUGUAUUGGAGAUUCUAAGGAUUUUCACCCUGGAAAAAUGGAGGAUAAAAGUGGUAGCUAUACACCAGAAAAACUUCGGCAAAUAUUCAACUUCCCGUUUAAGGAAAGAGAAGUGAUUCAUUAUUUUUGUUUUCUUGUCAGUGGGAAGGAGUCACGUCCAGGUUGGAUGAUCCUAACUUUGAAUUACUUAUGCUUUUAUCCUAACGUAUUUGGCACCAAAAUAUGCACGCCCUGGAUUCACAUUACUUCUGUCUUUCAAUCACGAUUGUACAAAACUUGUGUACAAACACGCAACCAAACAUAUCGCUUUGUUAUCCCAGCAGGUUCCGACGAAGCUCUUCAUAUGAUUUUACAAUUGGCUAAUUAUGGUGUUAGACAGCUCUUGGUCGAUGACUGUUAUACAAGUUGGUCGCAGUUCGACUUACACCUAAAAAUUUUACUUACUCAGAACUCGUCCAAUUUACUGGAUAAGUUGGAUGUACUAAUCCGUAGUCAACAUUUUCAAGAUUCGUUUCAUUUACCUGCAUGUGAAAUUAUAGAAACUUGUUUUGAUUGUAAACUGCAACGGUUGGAUAAUACUGAAACUAUUUCUGGGAAAAUGUUUUUAUCUCCUCAAUUUAUUUGUUACUGUUCGUCGGGUGAAAGCACUAAGAUUAUUCUUCCUCUACGUGAAAUAAUUUCAGCCGAAGAAUUUCCACAAAGGGAUUCAACUUCCACAGGAGGAGUCAUCAUAAUAACAGCUGAUAAACUUGUUUAUAUAUUUACUGGUAUUGUCGGAUCGGAGGAUAUUCUAAAGAAAAUUGGCAAUAAUUUGGAAGUAUCAAGAGGCACUAAAUCUGAACCUUCAGAUGUCAUAACUUCAAUAGCAAGUUCAUUUAACGAUAGUCUAACAGUUAUUAGUUCAUCAAAUACUACUAGUCAGUUAAAUUUUUCAAAUGGAUCCGGAUGCUUCGCUAGUCGUUAUUCUUAUAAUAAUCCUUUCAGCGUAGAUAAUCCUGAUGCUGAAAAUAAACGUUUAGAUGAUUGGAAGGAAUAUUUUGAAGAGUUUGGGUCUGGCAUGUCAAUGUAUCGGAAUGAACGUCUUAAACACCUUGUUUUAAAUGGAUUACCUGAAGGAAAACGAGGAAUUUUAUGGAUGAUUUUAAGUGGAGCUGAAAAUGAGGUAACAAAGUUUACAAAUUUUUCUAAACUCCUACCCUCUUAUUUAAUGAAUGUCAUUUAG